GAGAGAGACAGAGAGGAAGGUCUUCCUUUUGCCAUUGGUUCACCCUCCAAUGGCCACCACGGCUGGCGCGCUGCAGCCGGCGCACCGCGCUGAUCCGAAGGCAGGAGCCAGGUGCUUCUCCUGGUCUCCCAUGGGGUGCAGGGCCCAAGCACCUGGGCCAUCCUCCACUGCCUUCCCGGGCCACAGCAGAGAGCUGGCCUGGAAGAGGGGCAACCAGGACAGAAUCCGGCGCCCCGACCGGGACUAGAACCCGGUGUGCCGGCGCCGCAAGGUGGAGGAUUAGCCUAGUGAGCCGCGGCGCCGGCCUAUGGUUUCUUUUUGACCAGUGAAUUAUUUUAAUGCGUAUAUAAAUUUCCAAAUAGAAAUUUUUCUCAUUUUGCUCUAUUGAUUUUUUCAUUUUAUUGCAGUGUGUUUAGAAUGUAUACUCUGAUUUUAGAUCUUUGCAACAAGUUGAGACUUGUUUUAUAUCUAGCAUAGAAAUGGUUUUUAUAAUUUUUCCACUUAUAUGUGAAAAAAUAUGUAUUCUACAGUCAUUAAGUACAUGAUUCCCUGUAUUUCAGUUGGGUGAUUGACAGGUAUUAAAAGUGAGAAUUAAAAAACUCUUACUAUAAUUCUUUUUUGAUUUGAUUCUCAUUCAGUUGCUGAAGGAUAUGUCCUAAAUUUCCCAUUAUAAUGGUGGAUUCUUCUGUUGCUUUACUUAGUUUUAUCCAUUUUUGUGUUUCUACUUUGAAGCUGUGUUGUUACUUGCAUACAACUUUAAGAAUUAUGUAUUGAGUUCAACGUUUUGUGAUAAAGAAAUACUCUCAUCUCUACAGAUUUUUUCUUUACAUUUAAUUUUGCUUGAUAACAACAUAGCUGUAUUUCAUCCCUUUUGAUUAAUGUUUGCCAAAUGUAUGUUUUCCAUACUUUUACUUUUAACCUUUUAAAGAAAAUGACUUGUUCGUUUGUUUGAGAGGCAGAGAGACAGAAAGAUCUGCCAUUUCCUGGUUCACUCCCUAAAUGGCUAGAACAACCUGGGGCUGGGCCAGGCUGAAUUCAGGAGCCUAGAACGCUGUCUAGGUCUCCCACUUGGAUGACAGGGGCUCAGGCACUUGAGCCAUCAUCAUCUGCCAACUCCGACAAUGCAGUCUCAGGAAGUUGGAAUGGAAGUGGAUGCCAGCCUUAAAACUGGCAGUCUGACAUGGGAUGUGGGCAUCCCAAGCAGAGACUUAACCACUCUACCCUCUAACUCUUAAUAGUUUUAACAUGGUAUUUUUCUUUUUUAAUUAAAAAAUUAUUUUAAUUUGUGUUGUUUGAGAUUAUUAGUCGAAAUUAUGUAAUCUACCAUGUAAUUUGAUAUUUUAACAUUAUGCUUAUAAAAAUGGAAAAUAACCUUAGCAAGAUAAUGUUCUUAAGUGACGCUUGGUUUUUCUUAAUACAUUAAACCUCUUAUCACAGUUUUAAAAUAUCAUGCAAGGUGUAUCAUUAAAAUUUAUUGACUGACCCUGCUAAUACUCCGGAAGGCAGUAGAAGAUGGCCCAAAUACUCUAUCAUUCACGGGGCUGGCACUGUGGCGAAGUGGGUUAACGCCCUGGCCUGAAGCGCCGGGUGCCGGUUCGAGUCCCGGCUGCUGUACUUCUGAUCCAGCUCUCUGCUAUGGCUUGGGAAAGCAGUAGAAGAUGGCCCAAGUCCUUGGGCCCCUGCACCCAUGUGGGAGAAUUGGAAGAAGCUCCUGGCUCCUGGUUUCAGAUCGGCACAGCUCCGGCCAUUGUAGCCAAUUGGGGAGUGAACCAGCGGAUGGAAGACCUCUCUCUCUCUCACUCUCUCUCUCUCUCUCUCUCUCUCUCUCUCUCUGCCUCUCCUCUGUGUAACUGACUUUCGAGUAAAUAAAUAAAUCUUUUAAAAAAAAAGAAUCGAUGUAGAAUGGAUUUAUUCCAUAAUGGAUUUAUAGUCUGGUGUGGCAUGAGGCCCUGGUUUCUGUACCAUUAAGGCAGAAUGUCAUUAAGUGGCAGUUACAAGUAAGAGUGCGUUGACUUAUAAAAUACUGGGGUGUACUUAGAAUACUUGAACAGGAACACCAAAAAAGUCAAAUUAUACAAACUAUCUUUUAUGACAGAAUAUUGUAAGGUUUGAUAAACAUAAGUAUGAUUGUCUUGUCAUGCAAGACAAUUGAAACUACUUUGGAGAAGUAUGCUACUCUGGGGCUGGCAUUGUGGUAUAGCAAGUAAAACUGCCGCCUGUGACACUGGUAUCCCAUAUGGGCUCCGGUUCGUGUCCUGGCUGCUCCAUUUCUGAUCCAGCUCUCUGCUAAUGGCCUGGGAGAAGCAGCAGAGGCUAGCCCAAAUAUUUGGGCCCCUGCUGUGGCUCCUGGCUUUGGCCUGGUCCAGUCGUGGCUGUUAUCACAUCUGGGGAGUGAACCAGUGGAUGAAAGAUCUCUCUGUGUCUCUCCCUCUCUUUGUGAUUUAGUGUAUCAAAACACACUUUGCAUGGCCAGUCUUGUGAUGUAGCAGGUUAUGCCGCUGCCUGAGAUGGAUGCCAGUUCAUGUCCUGGCUGCUCCACUUCUAGUCCAGCUCCUUGCUAAUGGCCUGGGAAAGCAGUGGAAGUGCCUGGACCCCUGCCACCAUGUGGGAGACCUUGAAGAAUCUUCAGGCUCCUGGCAUCAAUGUGGCACAGCCCUGGGAGUUGUGGCCAUCUGGGGAGUGAACCACCGAAUGAAAGAUCUCUCUCCCUCUGUCUCUCACUCUUUCUCUGUCUCUCCCUUUGUGUAACUCUGCCUUUCAAAUAAAUAAAAUAAAUCUUAAAAAGCACACACACACUUUCUUAAAUAGCAUAAUAUACAUAGCUAGAAUCUGUGUGCUAAUAGGCUGUGGAAUGACCAGCUCAUAAUUAAAUAUUCCAUUAUAGUAGGAAUACUCAAAAUUACUUAAAGCUUUCUACUAUUAUAAAUACAUAGAUUUUCUCCCUUAUUUCCAUUCAUUUCAUUCAUUCAUUCAACAAACGUUUGUUAUAUACAUGGUAUGUGCAGGUGGUAUAUAUGUGUGUGCUUUAUUGUGGGAGACAGAAAGAUAAGAUAAAGACUAUACUGGCUCUUCAGAUUCAAGUCUAGCACUGCACUGUUCAAUAGAGAUAUAAGCAAGUCAUGUGUGAUUUUAAAUUUUCUAUAAACCAUAUUAAAAAGUAAAAAGCAGAGUGAGUAUACAGUGGUGAAGAUGUCACAUAGGGUGCCUGUGUCACAUACCUCAGUGGCUGGAUUCAUGUCCUGGCUUCCAUUUUUUUUUUUAAUUAAUUAAUUAAUUUAUUUUUUGACAGGCAGAGUGGACAGUGUGAGAGAGAGACAGAGAGAAAGGUCUUCCUUUUGCCGUUGGUUCACCCUCCAAUGGCCGCCGCGGCCAGCGCACUGCAGCCGGUGCACCGCGCUGAUCCGAUGGCAGGAGCCAGGUACUUCUCCUGGUCUCCCAUGGGGUGCAGGGCCCAAGCACUUGGGCCAUCCUCCACUGCCUUGCCGGGCCACAGCAGAGAGCUGGCCUGGAAGAGAGGCAACCGGGACAGAAUCCGGCUCCCCGACCGGGACUAGAACCUGGUGUGCCGACGCCGCAAGGCGGAGGAUUACUGGCUUCCAUUUUUGAUACCAGCCUCCAGCAGGUGAUACUCCAGGUAGUUGGAUCCCUGCCACCCCUUGGGAGUCUUGGAUGGAGUUCCAGGCCCCUGGCUUUAGCCUGGCCUAGCCACAGCUGUUGUGGAAAUUUGGAGAGUGAACCAGCAAAGGAAACAUGUCUGUCGCUCACUCUACCUUUUAAAUAAAUAAAAAUUAAUGAAUAAACUUUAAAAAGGUAACAGGUGAAAUUAAUUUUAGAAAUAUAUUUUUAUUUAACUCAGAAACAAAAAUACUAUUUCAACAUACAACCCAUAUAACAAUUAUUCAUGCAUCUUUUACAGCCUUUUUUCCAUACCAGACCUUCUAAAUUUGGUCUGCUUUGUACUUAUCAGUGCAUUGAUUUGAGAGUACUCAUGGUUCAAGUGCUAAACAGCCACAUGUGACUAAUGACUGCAGAGCUGAACAUUGUGGAUCCAGAGGGACUGAAUUUGCUCUCAAAGAAAUCAUGUCCUCUGGAGGUGCUGAAGAUGACAUCCCUCAGGGGGAGAGGAAGACAGUUACGGAUUUUUGUUACCUUCUGGAUAAAUCUAAGCAACUGUUCAAUGGCUUAAGAGAUUUGCCACAAUAUGGGCAGAAGCAGUGGCAGUCCUACUUUGGAAGAACUUUUGAUGUCUACACCAAGCUGUGGAAGUUCCAGCAGCAGCAUCGACAAGUCUUGGAUAAUCGGUAUGGCUUGAAGCGGUGGCAAAUAGGGGAAAUUGCUUCCAAGAUUGGGCAGCUAUACUACCAUUAUUACUUACGCACGUCUGAGACCAGCUACCUGAACGAGGCUUUCUCCUUCUACUCUGCCAUCAGACAGAGAUCGUAUUAUUCUCAAGUCAACAAAGAAGACAGGCCAUCUAAAGCAUUCAGACGUAUAGAUCACCUGAAAGCAGUACUGGAUGUCGGUGCUGUAACAGACGUCACAAUACCAGACUCGAUUCAGAGCACAAAGGAGGGCUGGGAGUUACCUCUCUAUGAGAAACAGGGGUCACACAGCCUUCCUAGAAAAGAAACAGCUACACAGCCUGAGCUGGUGGUCAAGAAGCUGCGGUACUACGCGAGGUUUAUCGUGGUUUGUCUUCUUCUCAACAAGAUGGACGUCGUGAAGGAGCUAGUGAAGGAAUUGUCAGAUGAAAUUGAGGAUUAUACUCACCGCUUUAAUACUGAAGAUCAAGUGGAAUGGAACUUGGUGCUUCAAGAAGUGGCAGCUUUCAUUGAGGCAGACCCUGUUAUGGUACUUAACGAUGAUAAUACCAUUGUUAUCACAUCAAAUCGCCUGGCUGAAACAGGAGCGCCAUUGCUGGAGCAAGGCAUGAUUGUGGGACAGUUGUCUCUGGCUGAUGCACUCAUUAUUGGUAAUUGUAAUAAUCAGGUGAAGUUCAGUGAACUGACCGUUGACAUGUUCCGGAUGCUGCAAGCCUUGGAGAGGGAGCCAAUGAAUUUAGCUUCCCAGAUGAAUAAACCAGGAAUGCAGGAAUCAGGUGACAAGCCUACCAGACGAGAAAAUCCUCACAAGUAUCUCCUUUACAAACCAACCUUCAGCCAGCUGUACACGUUCUUAGCAGCAUCUUUUAAGGAGCUGCCUGCCAACAGCGUGCUUCUGAUUUACCUGUCAGCCACUGGCGUUUUCCCCACAGGUCGUUCUGAUAGUGAAGGUCCUUACGAUUUUGGAGGUGUGCUUACUAACAGUAACCGCGAUAUUAUAAAUGGAGAUGCUAUCCACAAACGGAAUCAACCACACAAGGAGAUGCACUGCCUUCAUCCUGGAGAUCUGUAUCCGUUCACCAGGAAGCCCCUGUUCAUCAUUGUGGAUUCGUCCAAUAGCGUUGCCUACAAGAACUUCACAAACUUGUUUGGACAGCCCCUAGUGUGCUUGCUUUCUCCUACAGCAUAUCCAAAAGCUUUACAAGAUCAAUCUCAACGAGGUAGCCUCUUCACUCUCUUUUUGAACAAUCCUCUAAUGGCCUUCCUAUUUGUCUCUGGAUUGUCAAGCAUGCGUAGAGGCCUGUGGGAAAAGUGUCAAGAAUAUCUUCGAAAAAUCAACCGCGAUAUUGCACAGCUACUGACACAUUCACGUUCAAUAGAUCAGGCAUUCCUCCAGUUUUUUGGAGAUGAAUUUCUUCGCUUGCUUCUCACAAGAUUUAUCUUUUGUUCAGCUACCAUGCGGAUGCACAAGAUUUUUCGGGAAACACGAAAUUACCCCGAAUCAUAUCCACAACUGCCAAGAGACGAAACAGUGGAGAACCCUCACCUGCAGAAGCACAUUUUGGAAUUGGCAUCCAUUCUGGAUGUUCGAAACGUGUUCUUUGAGAAUACCAUAGAGGACUAUUAAACCCUCUUGUUGAAACAGUUUCUCAUUUUCCACAGAUUUUAAAUGGUGCAGUUUUCUAAUGUGAUGACAGACACAUAGUGGUGUUACUUAGUUUUUAUUUUUUAAUUUAGGACCACCGUUUUAAAAAAGAAACUGAAAAGAAAAAUAUUCAAACUUUUAGGGUAACUGUUUUAAAAUGCAAUCUUUCAGAUCUUUUAAAAAAGUCAAUCUUGGAAUUUUUAUUUUUCAGUUUUGAGGUAUGGGUAUUUACCUCCAACAUCUAACCCUACACUCCAGUAGUCACUAUUCUCAUCAUGAGAAGAGUAAAUCAUUUAUUUUUGUAUAAUGAGGAAAAUCCAGCUCUUACACUUGGACCUUAAAUGUCUGAUUUUGGAAAAUACAAAAUUGUUCGUAGCGAUGCGACGAGCCAGCAUGGACUACCGAAAAUCAAGAACAGAGUCCUGCCAUGGGUUUCCUUUUCAUUCCAAGUUAGUAGGUAGAAAUCUGUGUGAUUCUCGAAGCAUGAUCAAGACAGUUCUUCAAAUUAUUUAAUUCCUUUAAACACUGUCAAAGUUUCAGAAACUGUAGAGGAUUGAUUUGCAUCUGAAAACUAAAUCUUUAAUUGGAGACCUGAGAUGAUAAAUAUUACUUGGAACAUGUGAGCACUGUGUUAUCAUGAAAUUUGCAUAUUUUGUUUUCUUUGUAGUCUUUGCUGGAAAUGGAAAAAACACCAACUUUUAAAUAUUUCGGUCAAAACAUCAGGUUGUUGGUUGCCUACUACAGUGUCUCCACCGUAAACUCUGAGUUUAUGAGAUCAGGUUUAAAGCUGCAUUGAUGCCCGUGGCAAACAGUACAGUUUUUAAUUGUUUUUGCCUAAUUCAAAUUUAUGAGACUUCACAGUCAGGUACAAACUUUAGUUGGGGGUAGCUGUGUGUGACCCUAAACUGUAAGUUGAUUUUGCAUUGACAAUUUGGGAAUAGGAUUUGUUCAAACUCCCUGUAUUUAGAAUUUUAUAUUCGUGCCCUUUUUUUAAUUUAAAAAAUAUAUGAAGAUUUUUACAUUUUUCUUCCCUGUCAUCCCCUUCAUAAUUUCACAGACAACAGCUAUGACAUUUUAGGAUUCUUCCCUAUUUUGAUUGCACAGCAUUCAAGUUGGGAAUUCUAUGUUUCGAAAGGCCUUCCUACCUAAUUUCUGUCUAGGCUCAUAUUCUACCUCUGGUAGUCCCAGGUGCAAUGAGGCGAUUGCUUUUGGUACCCCCUUCCUGUGUCCCUAGGGAAAUGUUCCUGUAAUAUCUUUAACUGACUUUCACUUCUGGCAUGGAGGAUAAUUUGAGUCUAAGUUAUUCCCAUACCAGCUCCAUUUUGCUGGUUUUUCCAUUGAGGCCUUGAGAAAAUUUCUUGGAUUUGGGGUCUUUGACGUGUUAUAUUUCCUUUUUAAAAAUAUUUUUGUUGGUUCUUUCAAACAGUGUUUCAGAAAACUCGAGCAGGGUUACCCUGGAAAGAGGUUUCCAUUGCUGGUGGGUUUUCCUGUUCAGAUAGAUUGCUUUCCUUUCUUCAGUACCAUACUAAAGCCCGCAGCUCUCCCUUUGUGACAGUGCUUACUGGACGCUAGUGAUAUACUGUCAUGAGUUUUCUGACCUCUGUGUGAAGUUCCCUGAGGUUCUAUGCUAGUGAAGUCCAGCCAACAUAUAUAUUCCUGUUCUCUGAUGUUUACCACAGUAUUUACUGUCCUGGUCUUUAUUCCCACCUGCUAAGCAUAAGGAACACUCGUCUGAGGACUGGGAGCUGUGUGUUGGAUUCCGGCUUUCCUGGUCACAGUGUCUUCAUUUCUUUUCUCUUCAGCACUCUCAACUGUGAAUGAAGGGUUGGUCCAGGGUCCUCUCCAACUCAGUAAUUCUACAAUUUGAACUCUUGGUUCCAAAAAUACUGAAAUCCUCACUUCUACAGUGAGGAAAACUGGAUUCCUUGUUUUUAGUAUACACAACAUUUCCAUUUUCAUUUCUAGGUCAUAUUUACCUAGAUUUUGUUCAAGAAAAUAUCUGAGUCCCCCUUAGCUGUUUUAGAAACUAGUUCAGAGAGACUCCCUGGAGAAACUAGAGCUUUUAUGAUUAGAAACACAUAUAUCUUAAAAAUCCAACAAGGGUUUGGAUUAUGACAUUGCCCUUCAGUUUAUGUAAAUGCGAUUUUUUUACUGACAGUUAAAAAAAUCUAAAGUAGACUGAAGUGAUCUUGAAUCUUCAAAGAGAGGAAACUGUGCUAGAAAAUUCCUUUUUUUUUUUGCUCUGACAGCCAGAGUGGACAGUGAGAGAGAGAGACAGAGAGAAAGGUCUUCCUUUGCCGUUGGUUCACCCCCCCAAUGGCUGCUGCGGCAAGCACACCGCGCUGAUCCAAAGCCAGGAGCCAGCCAGGUGCUUCUCCUGGUCUCCCAUGGGGUGCAGGGCCCAAGCACUUGGGCCAUCCUCCACUGCACUCCCUGGCCACAGCAGAGAGCUGGCCUGGAAGAGGGGCAACCGGGACAGAAUCCGGCGCCCCGACCGGGACUAGAACCCGGUGUGCCGGCGCCACAGGCGGAGGAUUAGCCUAUUGAGUCUUGGCGUGGCCCUAGAAAAUUCUAAACUAUUGCUUUGCUAAUGCCUUCAAAUGUAUACUGAGCAACCACUUUACUCCAGAUUCCCUUCUGGACAAGUCUGUGUUAGAAGAUGGUUAGUAGACCAGAAGACAUUUGGAGCAUGCUGAGGGGUCUCUUGUUUUUUAGAGAACAACUCUUUAAAAGAGUGAUCCGGAUCAACCUCAGUGGAACUUCACAUCUGCACACUUUGUGUUUCUUUGUCUUGUCUUUUUUUUUUUUCCCUUUACUUUGAUCAUGGAGGUUUUAAACACACAUAGAGUUUAAUGACCCCUUGUAGUAUCCUUUAUCCAGCUUCUACAUUUUAAGGUUUUAUUUUAAUCAAGGAAGGAGAAAUGUAAAUGGACAGUCAUUCAAUGGGCUCAACAUGACAAUGGCAAAGAAUCUAUUGUUUUAAGGGCAUAGGCCUCUCCUGUAUAAAUAUAAAAAUUUUAAGCCCUGUUUAUUUAAUUUUAUAAUUCACAAAAAUUUAAGUAUUGGAACUAAGAACAGAGCAAAGCAAUGGGAAAGAGUGCUGCUUUGCUUUCAAAUUGCUCAAACUCUGCCUGGAGAUUCUGAUCUAGUCUCUGGUUUCCCUUCAGAAUAUAGAAUACAUGCAAUUCCAAGAAGUCAGUUACGUACAGAAGGAAAGGAAGCACAAUGUAAUUUUUCUUUAUCUGUGUAUUUCUGAAGUCAGUAAAGUGACUAUCCUUCCUGAUACUGAGGAGAAACUCAAUCCAAAAUGUCGCUGUUACUCUGAUAGAGGUAGAACUAAAACUCAAAUCCCAUCGCAGUCCAGUCUGCAAGUAGCUCGGACAGCUUGCUCCCUGUAACAAACGAGAAGGAACUGGAGAUUUAUAAGUUGGCAUAAAAAGCUGUGGUUUGGUUUGGGUUGCCACUCAGGCCUUGAAGGUUUUAAAUUAUAAAAAAUCCAGUUACUUUUGUCUUUGAGUGUGUAUACGUGUUUUCCUCCUAGAAAGGUGCUCUCAAAACUUCUCAAAGCACAGAAUUUAUCAUACCCUUUAUGUUUUUACCAAAUUGAAAUGUUUCGAGAUAACAGAAGCAGAAUAGAUGGUAAUUGUACCGAAUUUAGUUGAGACAAAGGGAAAAGUGACAAAUCCUAUUUAUAUAUCAGUUUUGGAGUUUCUCUAGCAUUCUUCAAGUUUAAUCUCUGACCUGUGAUUCAGUAACUGUGUAAAAAAGCAGUUUGGACCCAGUUGAAAAGUCUCAUGCUUAGUUAUCCACGGAGAGUUAUAAUCAGCCUGAUAUCCAGAUCAUUCUUGACUGUAAGUGCAGUAAGGUGCCAAGAUAUGCAAACUUGGCCCCUACCAAUGAUUCAGAACCACCUCCCCACCCUCUGAGAGAUAUGAUGCAGAUAUGAAUGCUUUGAGCCUCUUAGUGAUAUUUUGGUUGUUCUGGUUCUUGUGUGUUUCGAGAGUACAAAGGGUAUUGACAUUGAGGACUCUUACUGAGUUUAUUUAUUUGAAAUUCUUGUUUUAUUUGCAAUGGCAUGUGUAUAUUUUUGUGAUGCUAAAUGCAAUCUAUGUGUAUACUUUUUGUAUAUGUGUACAUACGUGUAAAUAUCUUGGUAUGCAAUGAUACAGUAUGUGUAUAUUAUAUACCCAUACCCAUUGUGGGCUGAAUUUAUUUAAGUUCUGUGAGGACAUCCUAGUGGCAUUGUUCAUGCUGCUGUAAUUAGGUUGUGGUUGUAUCUCAUUCACAAGCUUCUAUUUUGAGGGGCUUGUGUUGGGAUAAAUGGGCUAAUUUGGAGUUGAAAUUAGGAUAUGAAGAUCUUAACAGAAAGCUGGACAUUCUUAGCUUUAAACCCUUCUGCAAAUUUAAACUGAUGAUAAAUUCAUGAUAUAAACAUGAAAUGCCUAAGUAUGUGAAACUGAGACACCAGCAGGUUCUUUAGGUGUGUUAGUUCUUUAUUUUCUUGACGCACAUUUGAGUACUGUUACUGAAUGGGAAAUUAUAUUGUUACUUAAUCAAGGGACUUUGGGAAAACUCACUUGACUCACAUUUAAAAUAGGAAAUUGUUCUUUAAGGGGGCAAAAUAUAUUCCUAGUUAUCAUUUCAAUACCUGAUACUGAACUUUAAUUUUGGAACUUUUUUUUUUAUCACUGUGCCUCGUUGUGUACGUGUCUCUGUGAGGCAGUGAAAGGGGCAUGAGCUAAGGGAAGGCCCGUCCUCGGUGGGAUGGGGUUCAGCGAGGAGCGGGACGUUGUUAAUCCGUGUGUCUGCAGCAGCUGUCGGCAUUUCCAGCUACAGACUUUUCUUACUGGAACGGCAUGCCCAAGAUGAGUGUGCUCAUCUGAGAAGGCGCUCCAGGUGAAUCAGAUGCCUCCAGUCGUUUUGCUCUGUCUCUGUGAGACCACUUGUGUUCUACCAUUUUAUGAUACAUUCACACAUAGAGUUCUCAAUAUUAGGAUGGUAUGCUAUCAAAAUCCGGGCCUUCAGAUGUUUACCAAGGAUGAUAGGUUUGGGGAGGAUAUGUGCAGUGCCAACCUGUGAAUCUAUGGAAUACUGCAGAGUAUCAGUGUUCAUUUACUCCUGUCUGUCUUCAACUGACAUGUUUGCAUAAAGUGAGUGUUAAGAGAUGUAUUCGGGUACAUAGUAAACGCUCACUGGAGAAAUUAAGGUUAUUUUUUCAUGACAAAAUGCAACUUGCAAAGCAACUUUUUGCCCUACUCUUCAGAAGACUAAGUCUAUUUGAUUCAACAUUUAAAAAUGAUCCUACAGAGGGAAAUUAGUUCAGGAGUCGGUUUUAAAUGGUACAUUUCCUCUUCUUAGUCUACUAUUGGCAAUUCAAUUAUGGUAUUAAAUUUAAAAUUACAGCCUUUUUCUUGAGAAGUCAGUGAAAAUGUCCAUAGGGUCUGAUACUCUGUUGUUUUAUAACUUUUUUUUUUUUUGCAAUUGGAGAGAACAGAUACGAGGCUACUUAAAAUUCAGGGAAUUGACUCACGCUCAGUGUGGGCACUAAUUUGAAAACAUCAGCAAUGAAAAAAAUGCCAAAAGACUGUAUUGUGACUACAGCCUCUGAUUCUAACUGUGGGAAGUCAGUAACUGCAGCUGAGUAAGAAAUGAAUUACUUAGAAAAGCAGCCCUUUCCCCCAUUCUCCCAUUCUCCCACACUGAUACUCUGUGUGGUACUUCUGAGAUUCUGCGACCACUCACAUUAAAAAUGGUAAACAAAUGAUCUUCCUCAAACUAGAGUUUCAAAACAAUGUUCCACUAUCUUCCAGUUUCAAGUUUUUAACCACAAAGACUCACGUAAGCAUGCCUUGUAUUUAAGGACAAAUAACUGAUGUGUGAAAGCAAUCAAUCACCUGUUGACAGUAAAGGUGCCAGCAGAUAGAGGGGAAAAUGCGCUUAAUUAGGUAAAGGUAAAUGUGUGAAGUAUAAUUUGUUGGUGCCAUAGAAAUAUUUUCUUUAGAAUCUUGUAAAUACAAAAUGUUUUCUUAAUCUAAAAUUGGUACUUUUCACUUACUAGUUUGGUGUAAUACUGACUUUUGAGAAGAAUUCCAUUUUUACAUAACAUUGUUACUUUACCACUGAUGGAAGCACCAUUUCUUAAUUUAUAAUAUCUUUGUUAAUUUCUUUUGUGGUUUUUAAAAUUUUUAGUUAUCAGACUGCUCUAAGCAGGGUGAUUUUUAACAACAUUUGAACAGUAGAUUCAGAGUUUUUAAAUAGUUUGAAGUACAGUGUAAUAUAUACCACAGAUUCACUUAAAUCAUUAACCCUGAAUUUGAUCUUAGAACACACUAUGUAUUGGGAGUAUUCUUCCUGUUUUGGUAGAUACACCGUCUAUAUCCUAAGACAAUCAUCUUUUUAAGUAUAACAUUAUUUACUGAUAAUUUCAGAUUUUUACUUUUCUCAUUGGCUUACAGAAUGACAGUCAAUAGAGCGAGUUUGUAUCACUCUGCGUGAGGUAAGGAAUUAUGGCUAGCCUUCUAGUAGGUCUGCAGUGAUGCAUAUUUAAAUUUUGAUGUUAAAUCAUAAUAUAUCUUGAAGCUUUUAUUAUGAAUGUCCACCUGUCCAUGAUUGAACAUUGAGAUUUAUAAACAUUAAAAUUCAAAUCAUAAGUAUUCUCAAAUUUCAAAUCAGUAUGAAUAGCCAUUUUAAAAUAUGGAAUGAUAUGUAAUCCCAAGUACUUCCAAACCAUAGAGAAAAUAACUAUCUUUUUUUUUUCAAAAUUUUAUUCCCACCCUCCUUUGUAUGCUACUAAUUUUUUUCUAAAUUAAAAGUAUGUAGUGUGAUAUAUUGAAAAUCUGCAGGAAAAAAGGCUUAAAGUGCUGUGGAACAAUAAGAAUUUUUAUUACUAUUUCCUGAAAUUUUUGGUGGUUUUAAUACUGUCAUCAUUAAAAUCACCUUCCAAGUGUAAACUUACAACUUGAGUCUUGUGGCUUCUCAAGAGUUACCUGGAAACACUUUUUGCCACAUAGACCUUGUGGCUAGUUAAUCCAACUGUCUUUUGUUUUUAAUAAACCUUGCUGUUCAACUAUCAGAGUCUUAUAUUUUUCAGGGUUCUUCCAGUUGAGAUAGAAAGAUGUUAGAUAAUAGAGAAGGCAGAUACAAUGUCCUAACAUAUUCAUAGUAGAUUUUACAAGUGAAGAAAUUUUUACAAAUAGUCUCUUCAUUGCAUAGCACCAGUAUAAAAUAGGGGUUAUAUUAGACAUGGAAUCAGAUGAAGCAGUUAUAAAUCACUUUUUACUUUGCUGUAAAGGUUGUUCGUCACCUCAGGCCAUGCAUUUUUUUCCCCUCAUAAAGUUGAGUAUCAUUCAUAUUACUCAAACUAUCACUAAAGGUUAAGUUAAUCAAAUAGGAGUUAAAAGAAGUUAUGUUUGAUCUUUUUCCCCUGAAAACUGUCUACAAUUUUGAAGCUAUUAUCUACAUUAUGAGUAUCAGGUAGAAAUGCACUUGUUUAAAUCACAGCAAACACUAUAUUUGAAGGACCUAAUUACUUGAUUUUCUAGUGGUGUGAAAUACUAUUUAAAACAGUUGUGCUUGUCUGUAACUGAAAUGUUAUAGAAUCGUUAGCACUGUAGGGAUUAGAGUUCCAUUAGCGCUCCUCCAGAGACUGAAGCACAAUAAUGUCCAUGUCACACUUCUUAUCCAAGUGCUGCUAAUCUGUCAUGCCGAUAACGAAGCUAUUUGGUUGCCUCUCUAGAUGUUCACAAAUCAGUGUAAUCCUUGAGACCUAGUCUUUGUUGUUCAUUUGUAUUGAAAUGUGGAUAUUGUGGGUGAUAAUUUUAGAACCAAAUUCAUUAGCUCAGCUCUUCUUAAGACAGCAAACCGUUUGGAUGUUUUUAUGUUACCAGAAUAAAUUCUGAAGGCGUUAUUUACUACCAGUGACUAAGGGGGAAAGUCAAUACUGUCAAUAUCAAUUGCCUUGAACAUUUGUGGUAUUGUAAACGUUCUUGUCUGUUGUUUCUAAAUCGCUUAAGCCAUACAUUCUCUUAAAUAGGGAUUGUUUUGUUUUGUUCCUUUCCAGCAGCCUUUUUCUGCAUUGUCUGUUACGGUUAAUACUUCAUAGGUUUUAGAAAUUGAAAAGUUCUCGCGAGAUUUUAUUUUCUUGAGCUCAUCACACUUGACUCUUGUAUGAUACGUGAUUUGUCAUAAAAGAUAGCAAGCCUUUCACUACUUCACUGAGUAAACACUGUGAUUCUGCAGAGCGGAUUCAGUGGGCUUUCUAGUAUUUUCUUCUGUUAUACGGUGCCCACCACCUUAGGGCACUAAAAUACUAGCGGAUGGAAAGUUAAACACUAUUGUUUUGAUGUUUAUGAAUAAUAAGAUUACAGAGUAUUCGAUUUUUGUUGUCAGUAUAUUAAAGCAAUUUUUGCAUUGAUAAAUGUUCUCUAGGAAUGUGACUGCAUACAUCAGGUGUGAACUCUUGUAAAUGAAUUUUGUAUCUUGAUCCACAUAUAUAUUAAGUGUAUCAUCAAUAUAAAAAUAAACAUUAUUUGCUUAAA